CUCACAUCUAACCCACACCAAAUCCACCAACUUCGUCGGUGUGGGGCAUUGGUCAGAGGAAAACGUUAGGCGCCAAACAGAAUCAAGUGACACUCACGUUAGUCUCCGGCUGAGGAAGAGUUGCGGCCAGCAAUGUCGAGAUUGAGAAGACCAAAGCUGCGUGAUGUUUGCGGCCCAGUACAUCCAUCAUCAGUCGGAUCCAUUAUGUUUGAGAAAAACAUGGAUUGAUGACGUGACGCACUGGGGAGUGGUCACAAUGGAGAAACUUCUUCCUGGUGAUUUUAUUGUGGAAUACCGUGGCCAGAUGACAGAUAAAGAGCGUGACGGGGAUUAUGUUUAUGAGUUCAGCUGGAAGAACAAGAGCUUCUGAUAAAUACGGGGCAUGGACAGUACCAAGAAUAAAAGAGGAGUUGAGUCGUCGGGGUGCAGUGACGUCUGGGAGAAAAAUCGACCUUAUUGAAAGAUUUGAGGCGUAUGAUCAUAACCUAGAUUUUAGGGGACCAGUAAUUCAUAUGCCAAAGGAACCAGUUCCAGAAUGGCCAACCUAUGGAUUCAAACAACUUACUGCAGACCAUAGGAUUUUUGUUCCGAAACUCACUGAUGAGAUGGUGCAGGCCUAUUUCACUUAUAGAAUGGCCAUGGACAAUGAAUUUACUAGGGAUAUCAAAGCGAUUUAGAAGGGAAGGCAGUUAAUCGAGUCUAUGCGGAUCAAGGCAUGUAGUGUGCUUGUCAAGGAUGGGUCAGUUUUUCUAUCUGGUCUUGUUGGUGCUGCAAUGAAAAAGAAGGUAUCAUAUGCAUAUAAGCUGCGACUCUGUAAAGAAACGGGAGAAUUUUUGAACAGCCACUGCGAGUGUCCUGCGGGUAAAGGCCCUAAUGCUACAUGCAAACAUGUUGCUGCUGUUAUGCUCAUGCUGGCCAAAUUUGUUUCAUCCGACUGUGAUCCUUUAAUACGAAAAACCUGCACAGAGAAUCUCCAGUCAUUCCACCGACCUAAAUCAGUCUACAGCGUUUCUCCUGUGAAGGCUGUCGAUCUACCUGUUCAGAAAAAGCGCAAGAUCGACAUGGAAGACCCUAUACCAGCUAAAUACAGAAAAUGUAGUGGAUAUGAGGAUCGUGUUCGCAGUGUUGUGUUAAAUUAUUGUUCAAUGUCAUCACAGGAUUUAGUAAUCAAGUACAAAUAUGAAAAAGCGGACAUCUACACAGCAGCGAAAGACCAUCAUUAUAUGAAAAAACCUUUACUGGAAUGCUGGGUAGAAAAUGCAUCAAAGCUAGAUGAUUCUCAAGCCAAAAUGCUAGAAAAAAACACCAGGAAACAGGCCGAUUCUAGUCUUUGGUUUCAAGAGAGACGGCUACGCAUUACGGCGUCACGUUUUGGAGAAGUUGUUUCCCUGACUAAACGACGAAAUAUAGAAAAACUUUGCAAGUCAUUGAAUAGCAAUGUACAACUCCACACAGCUGCAAUAAGCCACGGAAAGACAUUUGAAAGUAAAGCUAUCACUGCAUUUGAGCAGAAGUUUUCUAUGAAAGUUCAGGCAUGUGGACUACAUGUUCGACCUGAUCUUUAUUACUUAAGGGCAAGCCCUGAUGGACUGAUUGGUGAUAAUGCUCUUCUUGAGGUCAAAUGCCCAUACCGUGGAAGGGAUAAACUUGUUGCUUCCGAUUUAUCUUUUAAAUUUCUGUGUGAGAAAGAUGGAAAGAUCCAAUUAAAGCGGACUCAUAAUUACUUCGAUCAAAUUCAAGGCCAGCUUCACGUCUGUAAACGAUCACUAUGCUAUUUUGUUGUUUACACUCACAAGGAUCUUUACGUUGAAGAGAUUUCAUAUGAUAGAAAAUAUUGUGAAUUGUCACUCAUUCCAAAGUUAGAGAUUUUUUAUCAGAAAUAUUAUUUAGAUUACUUGGCGAGACAUUCAUUCUAACUGAAAACCCACUGGUUAAAUUUUCAUAACUGUAAGCUUUCAUUAGAAAUUACAUUAUGGUGCAAUGCGUGAUGCACGGAAAUACUUACUUAGCAGCAUUAAUUAACUUGUGAAAUUGUGUGACUUUAUUAUCAUAUGAAUGGAAUUUAAAUACGCGACUUCGGAGAUGCCGUGUUAUUUCUCGUGCUUGGGAUAUGCCGUAUCUCCCAAGUUGCUAUUUGUACCGUGAGAACACAAUACAGCAGUUAUCGAAACCACGAAUCAUAUCAAUCAUUUCAGUGUGGCCCCGAUUACUCAUGGAGCUUUGUUAAACUAGCGAUAUCAUGUUGAAUCCGACACCAAAAAGCGAAAUAUGUGAGUUCUCAAGUCGCGAAAAAUGUUUAUUUUAACAUCGAAAUAUGCUUUAUUUAAACACAUGUUUGUUGUUUUAUGCUAAGCUAUUUACAAUUGCGGGCCGGAAAUUAGAGAUCAUAAAACAGACAAAGAUCAGUGCUCGAAAU